AUGAAGAAACUAUUCGGCGGGUUAAAGACCAAACGGUCACAUGAAGCGAAAGAAAUUGAGAAGCUGCACAAGGCUGCGUGGGAGGGCGACAUGUCCAAGCUGAAGGAAUUUGCCAAACUCAUUGACAUCAAUGAGGUCGACAAGCAGAACAGGACAGCACUUCACCUGGCUUGUGCCAGCGGAAUGGUCGAGGUCGUGAAAUUCCUCGUGGAGAACAGAGCCAAGCUCAAUGUAGUUGACAAUCUAAAUAGGUCCCCCUUAAUAAAGGCAGUGGAAGGUCAGAAUGAGGACAUUGUGGAAUUCCUGCUGGAAAACAAUGCUGAUCCUAACCUGAUGGACGUGAAAGGCAACACGGCUUUGCAUUUGGCAUCAAGCAUUCCAUCCAUCUCCAUUGUUCUUAUGCUCGUGAAGCACAACGCUGACAUCAAUGCUCAAAAUCAGGAGGGCCUUUCACCUCUGACUGUGGCGGCCCAAGAGGACAACAUAGAUGUAGCUGACUUUUUGUUGAAGAAAGGUGCUGAUGUUAAUAUUUUGGAUGACAACAAAAGGUCACCAUUGAUGGUUGCUGCCAGCCACGGGCACUCAGACAUGGUGCAAUUGCUCCUGCCGUUCCAAGAAGAUACUACACAGAAGGAAAAGAAAGAACAAUCACCUGAGCACUAUGAUUAUUGUGUCCUCCUGGCCAAGCAUGGUACUCAAAGGCGCCAGCUGGGCUCCUCCCUGUCCCAUAUACGUAAAAGGACCUCAAAAUCAGGCACGGGUAUGUUUACUGCAUUCACAUAUGAUGGAAAUGUUAACAAUAGAGUAAAUGCAGGCAAUUUCUCCUCUGAGUGGAUUGAAGAGUCCAAGCGUCGACUGUUUGAAAUGUGCACGACUACCAUACGCUGCAUCAGGAAUGAAGCCCCCCAAAAGGACACUAAUAAAGUUGAAGACUACCUAAAAGCACUUAAUAAAGACUGUGGUGAGAAGAUUCCUAGGUUCGUAUCACACCACCUGGAUGAAUUACCACCUGAUGGAUUUGGCAACAUGGAUGCCUCAGCGCUGCUCAGCAGAAUGGAGCAGUUGAACCGGGAAGUCUCUAGUCUAAGAGCAGCUAUGAAGAUUCAAGCAAGUGUGAAUGAAAACCUUGGAGCGACUACAGCGGCAAUGAAUCGCCGGGUGACAGCUAUUGAGAGCCUCCGCAGUUCACCAGAGCAGACAGGCGGAACAACUGCAGCUACCCAGGCAGAAGCACCAGUGGCACCGGAAUCUCAGCCACUGGGAAAGAGCGAGGAAGCGCUGCCCAUGUCCACCGGUGAAGCACCUUUGAGAAAAAGCAUCUUGGAAGUGCCCCCAAGUAUCAUCGUGGAGAGCAUUGGCAGAGGAGAGGAACUUCACCCCAAAAGCUGGAUGAUGACGGGAGGGUUCGCUCUGCACAUUGGUGAAGUUACUUUCAUUUUGGACGUUGGCUAUUCGUCUCCGUCGGCCACGUAG